AAUUAAAAUUAAAUCGCUUAAACAACUUUUAUACAAGUAAUUUCACAGUAACACGAUCUGUCGCAAAAUUUACUAAAACAUAAUAGUCCAUAUAAGUGUGAUUAGUUGUCUCAAAUCAUGAUAUCAUAGGACUACUCAAUCACCCAACUAGAUAUCUACCAAUAUCUUAUCAUAAACAUCAAGACCUAACGAAAAUCAAACUUCAAAAAAGAAAAAGAAGUUAUCAAAAAAGAGGAAGGGUCAAAUGUCAAUGGUGUACGCAAUCUAGGAGCACAAUGCACACACAACUCACAUGGACCUGUUCCUAUUCAUUUCAGACCUAACUGAAAUUUGGGGGAAAAUUACAACAGUAAAUUUCAUUCUCUAGGCAUUCCCUGAUCCCUAUCCAUUCCUAUCUGCUGUUAUAAAAACUAAUAAUAAAGGAAUUUUCAGAUAUUUAUUAUCUGGAUUGAUUGAUCAUAGUCAUUCAUAAAACCCUAAUUCUCAGAACUUUCCAGAAGGGUAGAUACAAUUUCAUCAAAGUUCAAUUACCCACGCUAAUUAAAGUCAAUCAAAGAGGGGAUAGAAUUCCAUAGCCUCAAUCCAAGAUAUUUUUGGGAUUCAACCCCACAUCAAAGUUUGCAACCUUUUCUCUCUUCUGGUGUAUAUCUGCAAUAACCCCAUGCUUUCUUAUCUCUUAUUUUCUUUCUGGGUUUAACCUUCCCUUCUAUUUUUUCAUUUGGGGAUUUAAUAGAAAUCUCAGAAGUUAUCAACUUUUAGGAGUGCAUUAAAUUAUUUGAUUGUGCUUAUUGAGCUGAAGAAUUUGGAUCUUUUUUUCUUUUUUGGCUGUGUAAUUUUGGGAAUUUAGAAAGCCUAGUUGUUUUAUUUAGUCAAGGGUGAGGUUACAUGCAUCUGAAAUCGGAUACGCUGUGGAAAUUUGUGGUAGAAAAGGGGAUUCUUGUUGAGCUUAAGAGUCUGAUUUCUUUAUUUCUGGUGUUGUUUGUGGGCUUUUGGGGGCGUUAGUGUGAUUCAUCGUCAACUAUAGUAUAGAGUAUGAGUUCUAAUUGUAGUUUCCUUUGUUGGAAUUGCUGCAGCCGACAGGCUUCCUAUGUUUUCACAGAGUCCAUCAUCUCUUUAUGGUCUAUUUGGAGCCAUUUCGUCGAAUAUCCUUGAAGGAUUUGAGCUAGUAAUAAGGUUAUUAGUACUUCAGAAGUUAUGAUGGAUAGUUCUUAUGGGGCUGUUAAUGGUAAUGGAUACUUGGGCAACAACGGACACUUGCCUUCUAGACUUGCCUCGCCCCGUUUAUCCUGGCUUGAUUUACGUGUUUUCUAUGUGAGGAUUAGUAAGUGUGAGAUUGAUGAUUCAACCCCGGAGCACCUUACGUUGAACCAUAUCCCGUUGGAUCCAAACACCCUACUUGAAGUAAACGGGGUAAGAGCUAGUAUAUAUUCUGAUGGGGUAUCGACCCUUCUUCGAAGGGAUCGACUUGACAAGAAAUCCGAAGAGGCUACUUUUGUGAGUACGGAUAGUAUUAGAAUAACGGGUAGUGUGAAAUUUGAGGUGUUUGAUAGGGGUGUUCUUGUGCUUUCUGGGUCUUUAAAUAAGUGUGAUAGCAACGGUUUUAUUGAUGGUGAUGAUUCUGAUCAUGCUUCUCGGAUAUGGAGCAUAAAUUGUGAGACAGAUGCUACCAUGGGAACCGGCUUUUUAAAGGGAAAACAGUUGAUUGGGUCUGAUUUAGUUUCACCUUGCAUUGAAGUAUAUGUUGCCGGAUCUUUCUUGGGCAGUCCUACUAUAUUAACGAAGAGUUUGAAUCUUAAUUCUCGGAGGAAGCAUAUGAGGAUGGCAAUGCUUAAUUCAAUACCCGAACAUGACACAACUGAAGGCGAGAAAGAGUCUCCCAAUCAGCUUCCUGUGCAGGUAGAACAUGAAGGGUAUAAUUAUCAUCACCCAGGUUCCGAGUAUUUCGAAGGUGAAGACGGAGAACUCUCGUUUUUCAAUGCAGGAGUAAGGGUAGGUGUUGGAAUAGGCCUUAGUAUCUGCCUCGGAAUUGGAAUAGGUGUCGGUUUGCUUGUUAAAACAUACCAAGGAACAACCCGCACUUUCAGAAGGAGGUUUUUCUAAUCAUCGCUUUUUCAUCUACCCUCUCGAACUUGCAGCUUAUCGAAACAGCUUUUGAUGGGGCAGUAAGUAUCCGUAAGUCAUGACAAUCUUUGAGUGAACCGAGCGCAUCAGAACGUUCCAUUCGGAAGGCAUAUUCAUCCUGCUCGAGUGCUCGAAGCUCAUGGUCUUUGUGUCGGAACAAUGUAUGGACUGGAUAUGCGCGUUGGCUCGCUUGAUCGUGUACACACAUAAUACAGGAAGUAUAGUGUAAGACAUGUAUGAUUUAGGUUCAUGUGUCAUAGUAUACUUCAAGUUCUGUGGAAGUGUUGAUAUGGAACAAUAUGGUUAUUUCCAUAGAUGUUUUUUUGUGUUUUUUGAUGUAUAAUUCCUUUUUUGUUCUGUAGAAUUACAAUAUUGACUGAUGAAUCUUUUUUGUUUUAUUUUUAAAAAUAAUUUUAUGAACAUACGGUUAUUUAUUUAUUUUGUUCCGUUUAAGAGUAUAAAGAUUUUUUUUAAGGGUAAAAGUAUAAAGAUUUUAUGAGGAGAAAGAAUGAGGAUCAGCCAAUAUAUGAGUCACAAAGAAAGUCGGACAAUAACUAAUAUAUACUAGAGCGUUAUGGGUUGUAAAUUGUCUUAAUCUAAAUGUUCAUACUUUUACAAAUUGUUGUAUAAAGUGAUCUCAUCAUGAUAGGCGCACCAUGUAUUAGGAUUCUCUCCAAUACUUUUUUACAUUUAUUCAUUUUAAGAUUUUGACA